UUCACAGUGGUUGGUCGAUCUGAUCGCAAUUUUCGAUUACGCAAACAAAAUUCGAACAAAUAAAUAAAUAUUUAUUUAUUCAGUUUGUUAAAAAACAUUAAUAAAUUAUAAUAAAAUAAAUAUACAGACAAAAGAAAAGGCUAAAUAAAUAAAUAUAAUGACGAAUUCCUCGAAAUGUGCCGUGUGUGGUGUGCCGGCUUCAUUGAAGUGCAUGGCCUGCAAACAGGUGUAUUAUUGUGGUAAAGAGCAUCAGAAAAUUCAUUGGAAAAAAGGUCACAAGGCCGAGUGUAAAUGUUAUGAGAUUACUAGAAAUGAGCUAUUGGGCCGCCAUAUACGCGCCACACGUGACAUAAAAUUGGGUGAAAUUAUUUUACGUGAACCUCCGCUCAUCUAUGGUCCUAAAGUUGCCACUGUGCCCUUGUGUUUGGGCUGUCAUCGCAAACUUGCCACUCCGGUAGGUAACUACUACAAGUGCAAAGGCUGUGCUUGGCCUUUGUGCGGUCCAGACUGCGAAAAAUCUCCUCAUCACAAAGACGAAUGUGCUUUAAUGGCGGCCCGCAAGUUUUCGGCCAAAAUCGAUUACAAGGCCGGCAACGAUCAAACCGGCAAAAAGGAGUCUGCCUAUUGUGUCAUCCUACCUCUGCGUUGCAUGCUGCUGAAGCAGAAAAAUCCUGCCCAAUAUGAACAAUUUGCCGAACUGGAAGAUCAUUUGCAGGAACGUUUAGAUACGCCCAUGUACAAAGUAUUACGUGCCAAUUUACUGACAUUUAUCAAAACCAUAUUGGGCAUGACAGAUUGGAGUGAGGAGGAAAUUUUACGUGUAGCUGCUCGUUUAGACACAAACACAUUUGAGGUGCGCCAGACAAUGGAAAAUCGCAGAGUACGUGCCAUUUAUCCCUUGGCGGCCAUGCUUUCGCACGAUUGCAUCUCCAAUACCCGGCAUACGUUCGAUGAACAAAUGAAUAUUAUUUUCAUAGCUAAACAGCCCAUAGCCAAGGGUGAUAUAAUUUGUACUUCCUAUACACAGCCUCUGAAAAGUACUUUGAUGAGACGUGAACAUUUGGCCCUGGCCAAGUGUUUCCAGUGUACUUGUAAGAGAUGUCAAGAUCCCACAGAGAUGAAUUUGUUUGUUGGAGCUGUACUGUGCCAUAAGUGUAAGGUGGGAAAGAUCAUAUCCACAAAUCCCAUGAACAACUCUGCCGUUUGGCAUUGUCAAUUGUGCCCCCAUCAACUGCCGGCCAAACAAAUUAAUCUGGGCAAUAUGGCCAUGUUAAAAGAGAUUGAAUCAUUGGAUAAAACUUCUGUCAAGGCGUUCGAAGAAUUUUUACACAGAUAUCGCGAUAUUUUGCAUGAAAAGAACACACAUGUUCUGCAAGUGAAAUAUGCCUUGACCCAAUUGUAUGGCAAUGCUCCAGGAUUUAGUUUGCAAGAAAUGAAUGAUGCUGCUAUUAAACGUAAAAUUGAUCUCUGUCAAGAGCUUUUGGAAGUAGCUGAUGUUUUGGAUGGUGGCUGGAGUAUAUUUAGAGGCAACUUAUUGCUGGAUUUGCAGGAGGCCAUGUUUGUGCAAACCAAACGUGAGUUUUUAAAUGGUUUGCUGACACAAAGUGCCACACAGGAAAAAUUCUUGGAAUCCAUGCAAUUGCUGAAAGAAGCCAUUGAUAUCAUGAAAUUGGAGCCAGACAUGAAGCAAACCUUAAACGAACGUACUCAAUUGUUGGCCAGAGAAUUGGAAAUGGAGGAAUCCAAUGAAGGGUCUAAUUUUUAAAAGACUGUUAAUUAUUUUGUUUGUUAUUUUUUUGUUUUUUUGACGAAUUUUAACUAUAUAAAUGUAAAAAUUCUAAGAAUUUAAAAAAUGUUAUUGGAAAACAUUGGAAUUUUAGUUAAAAAGUAGUAACCUGGUUUAAAAUAAAGAUUAGUUUAAAGUAAAUUAUAAAGAAA